AUGUCGACAACCGACCUGAUCGAAGCCCUCCAUCUCCACGCCACCGCUGCAACGGUCUCGGCCCUACCGCAGGCAGAGCGUCGGCAACUCCAGCAAGCAUGUGAUCGGUUACAGCGCAGCCUAGAGUCCCCCUUGGACACCACGGCGCGCCUCGUAUUCUCGGCCCACCAGGCCAUGGCCAUCCGUUUGGGCGUCGACCUGAAGCUGUUUGACGCGAUAGCCGCACGGGCUGGCCCUGUCGAGUCCUCGGCGAGCUCGUUUAAGGUGCACGAGCUCACGGAGGAGCUGCGGGCGGACCCGUUGUUAGUUCGGCGGAUCGUCCGAUUUCUCGCGGCCAUGGAUGUGGUUAGCGAAGUGGAGCGAGAUGCGUUCGUCCAGACUCCAUUGGCCGCGGCCUUUGUAUCCAGCUCGCCUCUCUCCGCAGCGGUGAUCCACAGUACACAUUUCACCACGGUUUUAUCGAGGUUGCCAGAGUAUUUCCAUGCCAAUGGAUGGACCUGUCCAAAUGAUGGAUUCGACGGGCCAUUCCAGUUCGCCAUGGGCACCGAUGUCCACUAUUUUGAUUUCCUGAGCUCACACGAGUAUUAUGGACAAGCCUUCAACACAGUCAUGUCCUCGUCCUUCCGCCGUCGGGGCCGAGACUGGUUUGAGUUUUUCCCGGUCGCCAAGCGACUACAGGGGGUCAAGGAUACCGAUGCGCUGAUUGUCGAUAUCGGCGGGGGCCAGGGCGAGGAUCUGAAGAAUUUCCGAACCCAAUUCCCCUCGUUGCCCGGCACUCUCAUCUUACAAGACCUACAGGCCGUGGUUGAGGGUGCUCACGCCCUCCCGGGGAUCGAGGCCCAGGGGUACAACUUCUUCGAACCCCAGCCCGUGCGGGGUGCCAGGGUCUAUUUCAUGCGGACGGUUUUGCACGACUGGCCGGAUAGACAGGCAGCGCAGAUCCUGGGGCGUGUGCGCGAUGCCAUGAGCGACGAGUCGAUCUUGUUGAUCAGUGAAACGUUGCUCCCGGAGUCCGGGGUCUUGUUGUCUUCGGUGAUCUCUGAUAUGCAGAUGAUGGGCUCGUUCGCGUCCCUGGAGCGAACCGAGGAGCAAUGGCGAACCCUGUUGGAGGACUGUGGCUUCGAGCUGGUCUCGGUAUGGCUGCCCCAAGAGUGCGAUCACAGUGCCAAGUCGUUAUCGGAACAGCCUGCUCUGCUAGAAGCCCGAUUAAUGAGGCAUGCUGUCGACACUUCGUCAUAG